AUGUUGACUUAUACUCGCAAACGCUCAAAACGAGUCAUUGAUAGCGACUCUGAUGACGAGACAUCAACUGUCAACACUGCAGCUGCAGAUAGACAGGACUUGAAGCAGCUACAUCGUAAUAGGCCGAAACGAGUUAUACACAGUGAUUCUGAAGACGACAUCUCCAAAGUAGUCAAAGGCUUGAAUCAACUGUAUCGUAAACGGAAACCAGUUAUAGGCAGUGAUUCUGAAGACGACAGCUCGAAUCAUCCACGUCGUAAACGCAAGAAGAUUCAACCUGAAGAUUUGGAUGAUGGUGGUGGUGAUCAACCACAUCAUACCACUACCACAACAACCGAUACGCCAUCACGACACUCUUCUUCAGGAAUAUCAUCCACUGUUAUAGGAGAUGAAUCAGACCUGUCUUCUGUAGACUCUGAUUCCGAUGAUGAGCAGCUACAAGAAGAGGAGCUAAUACUCGACGACGACGAAGAAGAACAACAACAACUCCAUAAACGACAACGCAGCCUUGACACACUACCACUCGAAACAUGGAGACUCCUAGGCUCCAGACAUCUAUCGGCUGUCGACUUGUCUCGUGUUGCUGCAACUAGUAAGGCAAUGUCUCAACUGUUGCAGGAUGACGAGACUUGGAAGAAGGCUGUUGAACGAAAGCUACCGUGGGUGCAAUCUGUAUUUGGGAUAUCCAAGAGACAGGUUUCGUUGCUGUUGAUGAAUCAUGCUUGUCAAGUUUGUAAAAAGAGUAUUGGAGUACACAUAUACUGGCAAUGGAAGACUCGUCGCUGCCACGCUUGCAUAUCAGACAUAACAGUCAGCACAACAGCUCUAAAAGACGACCACGCAGUCCCUCAAAUCGCAUACCAACAUCUCCCAUCAAUUCCACAUAAGCUCAAUCGUGCUCGUGGUAUAGACGAUAAAGGUCCUCGCUAUCUCGUCGCAGACGUAAACGCCGCCUUAUCAGACUAUGAAGCAGCAUUGAAACAAGACGCUGUUUCUGCCUGGCUCGUAAAUGUUACCCUUGAUAAACAUAAACGAGAAUCAGGAAACGAUGUCAAAAUCGCUGCAAGUAUGGAAGUCAAGGCUGAGGAAUUUUUUGGAAGUCUUGCUAGACGAGAUCGUGAAUCACUAUAUAACGAUUUACGAAACCGAGUAAUGAAAUUAGACUGGUGUGAUGACUCCAUUAUCGACAUUGUAGUUGCGUCACCUUCCUGGAAGGCCGCAAUCAAGAAACCACUCCCCAGCACCACAAGAGCCUUCAAUGCCCUCACAUACAAAAUCAAGGAACAGAUAACGCCUCAACUUCUCACUACCGUAAACGACAUGUUUCGUAAGAAGAUCACUCAUCUUCGUCAUCAGCAAAAUAUCAUCCUACCAUCAACACCAACGUUGUUUGAAAACAUUGAAGAUGACAUUCUCGAAUCACUCCCCGAUAAUCCAGAUAGUGUGACUGAUGUAUGGCUGGAUGUAUAUGCGAAGGAGUUUGGACGUAUGAAAGGUGUCUUGCGGGAUUCGUUACAGAUGGACGAUGUUGAGAGGUUGGAGUAUCGGUGUGAGUGUAUUGGGAAUAGGAAUGCGUUUAGGUUGCAGGAGGUCUUCGAGCAUUGCUUUAUACAUCAUAGGAGAAGGUUUAGUGUUAAUGUGUGUGACGUUCUGUUUGAUGAAAUGUCUGUUCACAGCUCUGAAGUGAUUCAUUUUUACUUGGAUUCCAAGAUCAGAGGUGUUGUGAAUCAUGCUUUUGCUUAA